CAUCCUCGCCCGGCACUCGCGAGGCGCCCCAGUCCUUGACUGACCGCCGCGCCGAGAGGACGUCUCAAGGGACCGGCGGGAUUUCAGUGCCCGGCUCGUGGUGGAUUCCGCAGAGCAUCGUUCUAGAAGCCAACUUCCUUCGAAGACGUGACGAUGGCCUGCGAUCCGCCAGAGGAACUUCACGUGGUGCGGCCUGCCCUCACGGUGACCAAGAGGGACCACACCUACGAUUACAACCCCGGGGAGAAGCGAAGUUUGUGCGAAACGUUAUCAGAUCGUGUGCGAGAGUGCGACCGCGGCCGCGCGUGGGGCGCCGUGACAACCAAGCUGCCCAUCCUUUCCUGGCUCCCGCGCUAUAAUUUCCGCACAAGCUUCGUUGGAGAUGUUGUUUCAGGCACGACCGUAGCCAUCAUGCACAUCCCGCAAGGAAUGGCAUACGCGCUCCUGGGAGGUCUCCCACCUGUCGUAGGCCUGUACAUGGCCUUCUUCCCUGUUCUGAUGUACGUGGUAUUAGGAACGUCUCCUCAUAUCUCCAUGGGAUCGUCCGCCAUUGUGAGCAUGGUGAUGGUGCAGGCGGUGGGGGACCUCUCCUCAAGCGCCGAAGAAGCUCCACAGGGCCCUCGUGACGUAAGCCCCCUUCAGGACAGCGUCAAUGGAACAGCUGUGACCUACACUCCGAUACAGGUCGCCUCUGCACUGUCUCUGGUUGUCGGGGUUUGGCAGAUAGCGUUCGGUCUGCUGCAACUGGGUGAGGUCCUCGGAAGGUUCCUGUCAGACAUGCUCAUCUCAGGCUUCACGACGGGGCUGGCCUUCCAGGUCCUCACGUCACAGGUCAAGUCCCUCCUCGGUAUCUCUGUACCUCGACAUAACGGGCCAUUCAGUAUAAUCUAUACGUACGUGGAUGUCAUCGAUCAGCUGCUGUCAGCGAACGUCACUGUCAUGAUAGUGUCAGCCAUUACAAUGAUCGUUCUCAUAAUUAAUAAUGAACUCAUCAAGCCCCGGGUGAAGAAAGUGACGAACCUGCCCGUCCCGAUUGAGCUCCUGGCAGUGGUGGCGGGAACGGUGGCGUCCUACUCCCUCGAUCUCCACCAAAACUACGAUGUCCGCGUCGUUGGAGAUAUUCCUACGGGCCUCCCCUCGCCUUCGGUGCCGCCGCUGGAGCUGCUUCCUCGCCUCGUGGUGACCGGGUUCGUCGUCGGCCUCGUGGGCUACGCCACUUCCUUCUCCAUGGCCAAGCUCUUCGCCAAGAAACAGGGCUACGCUGUCGACGCCACGCAGGAACUCUACGCCCAGGGCGCGAGCAACGUCUUCGGCUGCUUCUUCUCCAACGGCCCCGUGGCUGCUUCCAUGUCCCGCUCCAUCAUCCAAGAGGGCGUGGGCGGGGUCACGCUUAUCACGCCCCUCAUCUCCUGUGGUUUUAUUGUCCUCAUUCUACUCUUUGUCGGGCCCUUGUUCGAGACUCUGCCGCACUGCGUCUUGGCGUCCAUCGUCCUGGUGUCCCUCAAGGGGAUGUUCAUGCAGUUCCACGAGCUGGCGGCGCUGUGGUCUGUCUCCAAGCUGGACGCCCUCAUCUGGGCCUCCAGCUUCCUCGCCUGCGUCGUCGUCAGCAUCGACUUCGGGCUGUUUGUGGGCAUCGGCGUGUCGGUGCUGGUGCUGCUCUCCCGGUCCCAGAGUUCCUCGCUGCGCCGUCUGGGUCGCGUACCCGGAACCGAUCUCUAUCUCGACUGUGACAAAUAUGGGACGGCCCAGGAAGUCGCCGGCAUAAGGAUCCUCAGGGUCGACGGGCCCCUCCACUUCGCCAACGCCGCCCAGGUCAAGGAGGACCUUCUUGAGGCGGCAGGUCUGGGCGAAUCUGGGCCGCCGACACAGCCGGGUAUUUACAGUGUCCCGGGGAAUAGCUUUAAGGCGACAGUAGAAACGAUGCUAAGUAACGGGUCCGUAUCGGGCGAGAAUAACCAAGAGGCCAAUUUCGAAGAGUAUUCCAAAAAAGGCGAAAAGAGAGAGAUUCUUGACAGCGACGACCAGCGAACGACCGCUGGCGAAACGACCAUCUUCGUGCCGGACACACUGUGGCUGAUCCUGGACAUGAGUUGCGUCAGCUUCGUGGACUCGAGUGGUGGGAAACUGCUGGCGGAACUCUACAAAGAACUCGAAGCUUCCAGUGUCAGCUUGUGCCUCGCUGCUCCUUCUGAAAAGGUCCUGGAGCAAAUGGAGCGAUGCGCCCUGCUGGACAUCCUGCCGAAGGAGCGGCAGUUCCACUCGGUCCACGACGCGGUCACGAUCCUGUCCCGCCCCUUCGCCACGCCCUCGCCAGCCCAGAACCCGGAGCCGAGGGAAGCCGGCGUGACGCGGUUCUGAAGCGGCGGGACCAGGAACCGCCGCUGUUCCGUCUCUCAGGAAGUUUUGAAGUUCUGUUCGUCAAGGUGAAAGGAAGUUGCAUCUUAGUUGAAUCUGGAAAGUGUAAAGAUUUUGGUGUGUAUUUAUGUAGGUAUGUAUGUAUAAAUGCAUAAAUGAAUAUAUAUAUAUAUAAUGUUUAUAUAUUUCUUGUGUUAUGUAUGUAUGUACGUAUGUAUAUAUUUAUGUAUGUAUAUAUGUACGUAUGUAGGCCUAUGUAUAUACUGUGUAUGUUUACAUGUAUGUAUGCAAAAUCUACAGUGGGGCAUUUCUUAAUCAUGUAAAGGAUGCUCAUUAUUACCAUUCCAUCAUAAAAGUUACACAUUUUCUAUCGAUUUCAGUAUUCAUUCUCACGUGAUUCGUUACACUCCCUGCAUUAUCUAUUUUCCAUAGCUUCCGAUCUUUGCCCGGCACAGCGGCGAAGUCGACACUCACUAUCUCACAUACUUUUAUUUUUUCCUGCUCGCUGCCAAAGAAAUUUUUCGAAGCAAAACCUGAUUCAAAGGAAAGACUAUUGCCGCCGCGUUUCGCCUUAAAAUAUACUCCUCUUCAGGCGGUUACCCUUUGGAGGGAUACUCCGUUACUGUUCUUUUCCCUGGGUCUAACCAGGGGCUUAUCUCGAUGAAGGGACUGAUCAGCAUCUGCCCCAUCGUGAUAAGCCCCUAUUUAACACAGGGCACACAGACACUGCACUGCAAUCACACAUCGCAUGCACGCGCUAUCCACACCAAACAUCGUCUUCCUGUAGUUGCUUGAUUUGUAAUGAUUUGCAGUGUAUGACGUAGCGAUGACGUGGUAGUGAAGGAGCCGGUCGGGUAUGACGUCUGGCCGGUCGGGUAUGAGAUUGGUAGAUGAUAGAUGCCAGAAAUGACAGGAUAAUUGGUUUUAUGAUAGCAUAAGCAGGUGUAUAGAGUAAAUUGUUUACUUUUCUUGCAUUCAAUACAUCAUAUAUGAAAUACGUAAACAAAAUUGCUUUGGACUGUAACCCACACAGUAAUUACAAGGAAAAUAAAACAACGAAGGCGAAACUUGCAUUAGCUUUUGUAGUGAAAAUGUAUUCUUUGAAGCUUGUUAACACCAUGGAACGAUUAUUGAAAGGAUAUAACAGCGAUUAUUAUUUUUCUUAGUUCAGAGGUAUUUGACAUAACCGAAACAUACACGAAAACAGAUAUCAUAAAUCCUCGUGUAUAGGCUAUACAAAUGCAUUUUGGCAAAUCUGUGGACAAUAACCAAACUAAAAAGAUAGUUGCUAAAGGGAAUCAUUAAACGCACACAAAAUUAAGCCAAAAAAAAAAAAAAAAAAAAAAAAACAGUUGUGACAUCACAGUUUCUGAUCCCUUCACGAUUCGGACACUCAGCCAGUCACAGGGUCUCCUGUAAUUCAGCGUUGGUUGUCGCGACAGCCCUGAUUCAGCUCUUUCACUCGUAUUGCUCUCAGCAAUUGCCCUUUUGGCUCUUGUUGAAUUUUAUCGUUCUUUUUAUAUUGCAUUUUAUUCUUUAGCAUGUCAAAUUAUGCCCAGGCUAAGGAAUGAACAUUUUUGGUGAGGAAAGGAGGGGAGAUAAUAUAUAAAGUAUAAAAUAAAGGAUGAACUUGAUCGUAUAUUUUUCUUUUACUCUUUAGAUGAAAUAAUUACUGAUUAAUCAAUCUAAUCAUGACCAGAUAAAUAUACUUGCCUGAAUCUAGCCACGUCCACUUGACUAUGUCCUGCCAGACUGGCAUUCAUUCAUAGAAAUAACACACACGCACACGAACAUGGGUGCUGAUCCCUUAUCAGCUGGUGGCGGCCUACCCCCCCCCCCCUCUCCCUCUCGCAGGAAUAUUAGCAUGCUAACGCUACCACAGGAAUUUAUGGAUUUUAUAUAAGGAAUAUUAUUCGGGGCAAGAUAAUAAUAAAAAAAUAUUGAAUGAUAAAAAGCAUCACUACAGAUUGUCUACUACGUUCACUCUUGUACUAGAAAAAUGCAGAUAAAUAUCAUUGCUAUCAUUUUUGUGUCGUUAUUGCAAUGGUGAUAAUAAUGCGACGAGAAUAAUAUCGAUAUUUAUGAUAAUCAUAAGCACCAUUGUGGUCAUUAUUAUCACCGUCAGCAAAAAUGUAGUUAUCAUUAUCAUCAUUGCUAUUAUCACCAUUAUAUAUCACCCGUCAUUCUUAAGUUGUAUAUGGACUGUAAAUAUAAUUUUAAUUGCAAUUUCAUUUUUGUAUUUCAUGUUU